GCAAAGGGGAGCAUUUGGCUGUCGGACGUUGCCAAACAGCAACUGCAAAAAUUGCACCGAGCUUGAGAGCCAUUUUCGACAGUUUGACGUUUUAUUUGAUUAAUAUAGAUCAAUUGAUAAAUACAUACAUUCGAUUUGGGCACUGGCCAUAAAUUGUGACAGUCGCAAAUGUUGCAGGUCCAACACGAAAUCAACGCCCACCAAAUUUUGAAUUGUUAGUCGCAUAGUACAAAUUUGCAAAACUAAACAACAACACAACAGAAGAAGAUGAGCCUACAAUCGAUCAAAUAUAAGCGAGGGAGUCUCGAGAUCCUUGAUCAGCUCCUGUUGCCCGUCGUCUCCAAGUAUUUGCCGGUGCGCGGCGUCGAGGAUGGCUGGAAGGUCAUCAACAAAAUGCAGGUGCGAGGGGCACCGGCGAUUGCCAUUGUCGGCUGCCUUUCCCUGGCCGUUGAGAUCUAUCCGGAGGAGUUCGAAACGAAGAAAUCCCUGCGCCAGGAAAUUGAAGGGAAGCUCAACUAUUUGGUCUCAGCUCGGCCCACGGCUGUGAACAUGAAAAUCUCUGCGGAUGAGCUAAUUACGCUGGCCAAUGAGCUAAGCAAGAAUGAUGACGUCACGGUGGCCAACAUGAAGCAAAGAUUCCUGGACGCCACUGAGGCAAUGCUGGAAAAAGAUAUUGCCGAUAAUCGGGCUAUAGGCUCAAAUGGAGCCAAGGCCAUACUGGAGCGCGUGGCCGAGGCAACUGGUUCACCCGGCUCGGCGAGUCCUGUGCGUGUCCUGACCCAUUGCAAUACGGGGUCCCUGGCAACAGCUGGUUACGGCACAGCGCUGGGCGUGGUGCGGCACCUCAGCGAACUGGGGAAGCUGGAGCACGUUUACUGCACUGAGACACGGCCGUAUAAUCAAGGCGCACGCUUAACCGCCUACGAGUUGGUGCACGAGAAGCUACCCGCCACCCUGGUGCUGGACAGCAUGGUAGCGGCGCUAUUUCGUGUUAAGAAUGUGGCAGCUGUCGUCGUCGGUGCAGAUCGGGUUGCUGCCAAUGGUGAUACGGCCAAUAAAAUUGGCACCUAUCAAAUAGCCGUUGUGGCCAAGCAUCAUGGUGUUCCCUUCUAUGUGGCAGCACCCCUGACAUCGAUUGAUCUGCAGAUACCCAGUGGAGAGCACAUUAUCAUCGAGGUGCGACCAGAUAGAGAGAUGACCCAUGUCGGCGAGCAUCGGAUUGCGGCGCCGGGCAUCAAUUGCUGGAAUCCCGCCUUUGACGUAACGCCCGCCUCCCUCAUCACUGGCAUCAUAACGGAGCACGGCGUCUUCAAGCCGUCCACCCUAAAAGAUGAGAUUGCCAAGCUGAUUGAGUUAUAACAGCUGCAUUGAUAAAGGCUUUUGCUCUCCUUGUUGCUGCUUUUAUUGCUGUUCUUAAUAAUUGCGUUGAAUGAAUGCACUCCAGUUGUGAAAGGCACCACACACACACAGAUACACAUAGGCACACGCAGGGGCAAUCGGGCAGCUGGCUUUUGUAUAUGUGAGUCGGCUGUGAAUGAAAAAACAAAAAUAAAAAAUAAAAAAAAAUACAAUGCACAUUAUUAUCACAACAAUA